GAAUGCAUGGCAUUGUGGGAAAAGGGAGCCUGUCGCCAUCUUGCUUUAGCGCCGCAGAUUAUCAGGGCAGAAUAAUAACCACGUUCGAAUUAAACAUUUUGAGACAUACGAAUGAUUUAGCAAUACAGUUUGAGCAAAUAUUGCAGGUAGUGAGGUGUAAGAGUAUCACCGUGCUAUUUCCAACGAUAGAACUAGCUAACUGGGAACGUUCGACUUGAGGAGGUAACGUUAGCCAUGGGUCGCUCGAGGAGUCGCAGUUCGUCCCGUUCCAAACACUCCAAAAGCAGCAAGCACAGCAAAAAACGGAGCCGGUCGCGUUCAAGGGACAAGGAGAGGUCCAAGAAGCGAUCCAAGUCCCGUGAAGCGAAGAGGAACCGGCGCAGAGAGUCGCGUUCUCGUUCCCGGUCAGCCACAGUCUCGACCCGCAGGGAAAGGGAGAGAGCGGUCACACCGCCGGAGAGAAUCGACAUAUUCGGCAGGACGUUGAGCAAGAGAAGCGCCUUGGACGAAAAACAAAGAAAAGAGGAGGAGGAGAAGAAGGUUGAGAUGGAAAGACAGAGGAAGAUCAACCCUCCCCUCUUUCUCUCCCCACCCAUGCCGUGCAGCCGUCAGGUGGAGAUAGAGGAGAAGCUGAUCGAGGAGGAGACGGCCCGUCGCGUGGAGGAGCUGGUGGCCAAGCGGGUGGAGGAGGAGCUGGAGAAACGUAGGGACGAGAUCGAGCGGGAGGUGCUGCGGCGUGUGGAGGAGGCCAAGCGCAUCAUGGAGCGCCAGCUGUUGGAGGAGUUGGAGAGACAGAGGCAUGCCGAGCUGCAGGCCCAGAAGGCCAGAGAGGAGGAAGAAACAUCCAAACGGGAGGAGCUGGAGAAAAUCUUGGAGGAGAAUAACCGCAAGAUUGCCGAUGCUCAGGCCAAGCUGGCCGAGGAGCAGUUGCGUAUCGUAGAGGAGCAGAGAAAGAUUCACGAGGAGAGGAUGAAGCUGGAUCAGGAUCGCCAGCGGCAGCAGAAGGAGGAGCAGAAAAUGAUCCUGGGCAAGGGAAAGUCCCGGCCCAAGCUCUCCUUCUCCCUCAAGGCCACCGAAUGAGCCUCUCAUCCCUCCUCUUGCACUCCUCCAUCCCCCCAGUGCUCACCUUCUCCUCCUCUCUGGAACGCUCGCUGUGUGUUUUUAAGUGUGGAAAGCUGAACGAAGGGCAGCCGGAAGAGCCAUGGCUCCUUUCCUGUCACGCACCUCCCUGCUUUACAGACCUUUCCCAACCAAGCCUUGGAGGGACAGAUGCCCGCACACCCGUCUAACACCUGUCUCGCCCCCUGACCCCCCUCUCCUCGGCCUCUCUCAACCCC